UAUUUUUGUUAGUAUCAGAAACGAGUAUACAAUGAAGUGCUAUAUAAUUAUUUCGAUUUUUGUGGUAGCGGGUUUCUCACAGCCUAUUUCAGAUGACGAUGAAUCUGUAAAUCAAUCUCAAGCUCAUAUGAAGUUCUUCCUCUAUGAGGAUGAAAACGGAACAAUCCAAGUAGAACACCUCGUCAACGUAACAAUAAACCUCACUGCCUCCGCAUCUGACGUAGCCUAUUUUUAUUAUAGUAGAUCGAAUCCUGAAAAUGGGGUAGAAAUUCAUAGUAACAACAUCCAUUCACUUCAAGAAACGGCUUAUAGUGCAACGAAAGAUACCAUCUUCAUAAUUCAUGGAUGGAAAGGCAGUAAAGAGUCAGAUAUUAACUCACAUAUCAGAGAAUAUAUUAUAAAAGACCAUGACGUCAAUAUCUUUGUUGUUGACUGGGGUCCCGUAGCUGGUAGGAACUACGUCUCAGCACAAGGUAGAGUAAAAAGAGUUGGAGAAUACGUAGCAGAUUUUGCUAGGAAUCUGAGUUCGAAUUUUGGCUUGGAUCUGAGAAAAAUAAAAUUCGUGGGUCAUUCUUUGGGUGCCCAUGUCGCUGGUAAUGCUGGAGCUGCUUUGAACGGACAAGUUGAUAGAAUUGUUGGUCUGGAUCCAGCCGGCCCACUUUUCUCCAAUAACAAUAAGGACAAUCGUAUUGAUGAAACCGACGCCAAUUUUGUCCAAAUCAUUCACACUAAUGAUGGGAGACUUGGCUACAGAGGACGCUUAGGACACGCUGACUAUUAUCCUAAUGGUGGAAGGUCCCAGCCAGGUUGUGGGGUAGAUCUAACUGGAUCAUGCGCACAUUCCAGAUCUUAUGCUUACUAUGCUGAGUCAUUAAAAAGUGAUAGAUUUCUGGCUAAAAACUGUGACAGCUAUAAUGAUUUUACCAAUGGGAUAUGUAGGAAUAAGAAAUCUAGUAUGGGAAUGUUUAAUGUAGAUACUAGCGCAUCAGGAACGUACUACUUAGACACCAAUAAGAAAACUCCCUGGGCAAAAGGUUAAAAUAUAUAACUGUACAUUGUAAUUUAUUUUAUUAAAUAUAUAUUAUAAAACUCCAU